AUGAAAAAAGUCAAUAUUUCGCAGCUGCUUUUUUAUUGUAUUUAUCAUUCCACCUUUUUAUAUACUCUUCUUUUACAUUUUCUUUUUUUUUCUGUAAAAAUUUCUUCCAUUUUUUUUCUUUUUCGAUAUGUCUUCUUUCUUUUAUUAAAUUUUUUUUUUCUUUUUCACUCUGAAUUUCAUUCUUCUUUCUCUUUUUUUUCUAUCUACCUUCCUCUUUCUACUUUUCGCGGUUGUUUUUCUACUUUUUCUUUCCUUCGACACCAUUCUACUCUCUCUUUUCGUCCUUUCUAUCUAUUUUUCUAUUCUUCUUCCUUCCAGUCCCAUUUCUUUUUUUUUUUUUUGUCACUUGUUUCUAUCCUUCUCUUUCAAUUCUUCUGGGGUAAUUUUUCUAUUUCUUCUCCCUUUCAGUUCCAUUCUUUGCUUUCAUUUUGUCUUUCUCCCAACCUCACUUAUCUUCGCUAUCACCCUCUCUCUCUCUCUCUCUCUCUCUCUAUCAUUGCAUCUGGCAAAUGUUUCUUCAAGAAGCAUGUCUCUGGUAAAUAUCACCGACUUCCAUACUUGAUGAAAAAUCUGCGUUUUACUCAGAACCUACGUCAGUCUGUAGGCGUUUGUCGUUACUAG